AUGAAGAGACAUUCUUGCAAAGUACCGGGGUGUGGAAAAGCAUUCUCACGUCCCUCUCACCUCCAACGCCAUGCCCUGAACCACUCGGAUACACAGUUGAUUUGCGAGAGGUGCAAGGCGUGUUUUAAGCGACUAGACUUGCUAGAACGCCACAAGGCACGACAUGCCAUCAGAGACAAGCGUGCUGGAGGCAUAGGCUUGGGUAUCUUAGAGACAAAGAGCAAACACUUCAAAGCAGCGUCUAUAUCUGCAAAUGUCUCUGCACCAUCUCCCCGUCAAACAUCACCGCCCUCGUCAACUCGAUGCCCACUAUCGCCCCCUGCCACCAAGCCUCAAGGCACCGACCCGAGUCAUAGGACAGGCAAUGUGUCCGACUCGGUUGCUUUCUUGCCUCACCAGCCCGGUGAACAUUGGAGUUCUCCUCAAGAGCUGACGGAUUCCGAGUUAACUACGGACUACCUCAACUCUCAACUGAACUAUCCGAACACUUCACAGGUGACAAACAUGUACGUGGAUCAAUCACCAGGGUUUUAUGAAAUUGGCGACAUGUAUCACGACAUGACGUUCGAUUUGGUACACUUCAACGUGACAGGUUUUGCUCCUCAACUACCUGACUACCGCCCAUCAGCAACCCAAACACUCGACGAGGGAACCGUUCAAUCCUCCAGUAACGAAGGUCAGCUUCUGUCGUUGGUUCCAUCACCAAUGAGCGGUGACUCUCUCAUUCAACAUGAAGCAGAAACACAAUUCUCAGCGAUCCCUGCUAUGUCUCCAGGUGCGAUAAAGGUAGCGAUUGAGAAUGUGCGUCAAGGCGAGAGAGCGUCAAAGGAUGCCGCUGAGGAUGUUACUAGAACCCCGAUUGUCGAAUCAAUAUUUUCAGCGGAUACCAGACCACAUUCUUCAGAGGGUGAAAGCCCAGCUGCCACCUCUCCAUUACAGGCUUAUUCGGACUCAAGGCACCAUGAACCACAAGCUGCGGUACAAGAGAUACGGAGAUCUCACAGUUUCAGUUCCGAAAAACUUCAAUUCCUUUUACUCACAUCAGAAAAGAGAGACGAGGUUCUUGAGUUCAUCGCUGACAUCGGGCCUGUCCGACCGGACGGCACACUCAUCGAUGGCGACAGUCCCGACUUCUCGUUAGAGAACAUGCAAAUAUAUUUGGAUCUCUUUUUUGAAUUCUUUAAUGCAUCUUAUCCUCUCAUACACGUUGCGACUUUGGACAUCAGCGACACAGAUCCCAUUGCUCUGCUGUCUCUGAUGCUCCUAGGUGCAACAUACAAAGACAAGGAUGCUCAUCAACUCUCUGUCUGCUUGUAUGAUGCGAUCGUACCGUACAUACUAAGUGGCUUGCUGAGCGGGCCAGUCCCUGACCUCGCAAUUUUGCAGGCUUUCUUGGUAUUGGAAUGUUACGGAAUGUACAGGGCUGGUCCCUACCAACGAGAAAAUGCGAUUCUCAUUCAUGGCCUACUUUUGAAUUCCAUUCGAAGGAUAUCUCGAUACCACGUCAGAGCACGCAUCACACUUCCAGACCGAUUGACUCACAAAGAACGAGACUGGAUGGAAUUUGCAUACGCGGAGCAGUACAAAAGACUUAUAUUGUUCUUCUUCAUUUGGGACACCCAAAAUGCCACCUGCUAUUCAUUUAUGCCAAAUAUGUCCAUCCAAUCCCUACAAAUCGGACUUCCCUGCUCGAGAAAACUCUGGGAGGCAACCAAUGGCGCCGAUUGGAAAAUGCUCCUCUCCGAGCACGACGAUUCCUCUACCCUCCUGGACCAAGUCAAAAGAUUUAUCAACAGCGAUCACGAGAUGUUACAAAAGCCGUAUGACAGUCUAAGUUUCAACCUCGCCUUACAUGGCCUCAUGUCAAUGGCCAAUGAUAUGCUGCACUUUGACAAUCGCUCCAUCUACGCUGGCGAACCUCAAAAGGUAGAGAUGUCCUGGUCUCCCGGGCAGCAGCAAAUCGCACAGUCCCUAGAAUCAUGGAAAGCAAAAUACGACGCCUUUGCUAUGGAAAAUAUCUUCGAUAUGAACAGCGAACCUUUGCACUGCGCCUUCCAGAGGGACAGCAUGGCAAUAUUUGCCCUCUAUCAUACAGCACAUAUUGUCAUCAACUGCGAAAUAUGCCACUUGCAGACAGCAGCUGGUGCAAAAGCAAUCUUCGGGCAUAUCGUUACGCCCAGCGAUUACGAGGAGAGUUGCAAAUGGGUUCGGAACUGGAUUCGCAAUUCGCCUGAAUCAGCAGGUAGAGCAGCCUGGCAUGCAGCACAGAUGUUCCGCGAAGGGAUGCUCAAUCUAGUCAACUGGGACGUACACGGAGUCUUCCAUUAUCCUUGGUGCUUGUACAUUGGAACUUUGACUGCUUGGGCUUUCCAUCAUUUCGGUGCUGAGAGCUCGGGGCUGAAGCCCUUGUGUGAUCACACAAGACCUGAGAAUGUGAGAGGGCUGAGGGAGGGUUCAAGGCAUAAGAUGAACCAUCUUGUUGCGACGAUGGCAUCAGUUACUCCGGCAAAUAUGGAUAGAAUUAUGGGGAAAUGUUGUACGCAUGGUUUGACGAUUGAAAUGGCGAAGUAUUUGAGGGGCGUUAGAUGGACGGCAGCUUAUGAAGCUAUGAAGAUAUUGGAAGGAUUAUCUGGCAUUCCCUCGGAAUAG